GGCACACCGGAAGACAGCUCGUGGCGCGAACGCGGCGGCGGCGGCGACAGCGGCGAGGGAAGGACCAAUGGAGGACGACGAUGCUGCACCGCAUCUUCCUAUGGACAUCAUGUACAAGAUCCCAGCACACAUAUCUGAUCCAGCCUCCCUUGCCCGCCUCGCUUCGUCCAGCAAGUUCUGGCGCAAUCUCAUCAAGGACCCGACCUUCCUUGAUCGCCUUAGGAGGCGGCACGACGACCAUGGCUUCACCCCGUCCCUCCUUCUUGGCUUCUUCUACCAGGACAAGAAAAGGUCUUCUCCAAACCUCUGGAAGCAUCAUAUUGACAAAACACGUUGUUUGGCACCAAGCUUCAUGCGGGUGUCAGAAUUGUCACAAUUUGUUGGCAGCAAAUCCGCUCGCAAUGCUAUCAAGCCACUAUCCCUUGAGACCUUCAUUCCAGGUGUUGGUGCGAGCCUCAACUUCUAUGAGCCCAUUGCAUCCCAGGACAACUUCCUGGCCCUUCGCCGCCAAUCAAAAGCUGCCGCUGCCAAUGGUGGUCAGGCCAUCAAUGAUUUGCUAUUUGUCUGCAAUCCUCUCACUGGUGAAACCUUUGAGAUUCCUAGCCACUUAUAUGUACCUCCCGACCAUUAUGCCUUGUUUGUCACCAAUGACGUCGACAUUAAUGGACGUAUGUCCCAAUCCUUCCAACUGACUGCCAUUUGGAUAAAAAAGGGAGAUCGUUUCAUCUGUGUGUGCUACAGCUCGAAGACUGGAACAUGGACGAGGUCUCAAGGAGUUCCUCAGCUAAUGCAUGGUCUUUACUUGGUGUCAUCCUCGGCUGCCGCUUCGUGUGGUGUCAUCCGUUGGCUCUGUGGUAGCUGGAAACAAAUGUCGGUUACUCACGUUGCCACUCUGCACAUUGGCAAUAUGGCGCUGUCAUACCUGGAGCUCCCACCCGAAGCAAAGCGCAACAAAGCGCCAGUGCUGGGGAGUUCAGCAGACGGGGGGAUUCUGUUGGUCAUCGUGCAAGGGCUUCAGAUGACACUUUGGAAACACAACAGUGAGCUUGGCAGUGACUCCAGCAGCUGGGUGCUUUCUGAAAGGAUUGACAUGAGAAGUUCCUUGCCGCAGCGAGUGGCCACGUUGGGGAUCAGGGCAAAGGUCAGGUUGGAGAUGUUCCGAGGCAAAAGUGGGACGGCGGUGCUCUGGAUCGAUGAGGAAGGCCUCUUUCUGUUUAGCCUCAGCGAUAGGUCGAUGAGGAGGAUCGACAGUGCGCAUGUGACCAAGAAGUACUUCCUCUGCCCAUAUGAGAUAGAUUGGCUGUCCUGCCUUGCAAUCACGAACCUUGUCGUUGAUGGCUCGCUAUCUCUGGACGUAGAAAGGGGAAGGCCCAAGGCAGAUGGAGGACAUUAAUGGGUAGGAAUUUGGCGACAAACAGAGCAUCUUAAUUGCCAUUAACCUGGUUUGUUGGUGGUAUGUCAACCAUUAAUUAUAAUAUCAUUGAACGUGUUUCCUUAUGUAUGAUCAUCAUAAUGAUGGCUAUUAGUAUGUUAGUACAUCAGUCUAAUUGCAUUCACCGUGAAAACUUUUGCUCCUGUGUCCUAGUGAAAUGCAAGACUUCUUAUGCUGUUUUUUUAGUUGA